ACCUCUCAGUACGUUUUAUCACUCUUUGAACGCGAGAUCCUACAUCGUCAUCCUUCCGAACUUCCAACUUUCUCAUUCGGUUCCGACAUGUCGCCCUGAACGGGCGGCUGCCCGCACAGCCAUCCCAUUUCAUGAUCAUAACAUCAACACAACCUAUAAAAAAUUCCAAUUCUUAUCAAAAUCCCGCAUUUCAAAGUUGACUUCCUUAUCACUACUCUUUUUUUUAUCAACAAUCGCUGUUUCACUGCAAGAAAAUGCAUUUCUCCUUUUUGUGCUGUGCUUUCCUAGUUUUGUGUCAAUUUAACCAUUCAGUGCAAAGCUGAUAGUGUGCCUUCUCAGUCACUGGACAUGCCCUCUUCGCUCUCACAUCAUUCCCAUCGACAUUAAGUGAGAUUUUUGCUCUGUCAUCGCAUCAUGAUCGCAUACUCAAGUAUUAUUUAGAUUUUCUUUCCCAUUUCAUCCAUUAUCAUGUCAACCGAGAACAAAGAACUUGUUCUAUUGAUCUCCAAAAUAACGGGUCCAACAAAUCCGAAGUUCAGCAAAUACCUACCACAUAUUCUCAGGAGAUUGAAAAAUAAUGACAGUGAAAUCGACAUUUUGUUGAAGCAUCAAGAUUUCUUUGAGAUCCUCAAAGCUGCUCUGACCAAACCAGGCUGUGACACAACCAUUCUCUUCUUAUCUAUACUGGACAUCUGCUGCUGUAAAAGCUCAUUUUGCAGUGAGUUGUCAGGACAUAAUAUUGUGCAUCAUUUAACUUUUAUUUUACAAAAUUUGAACGAUCGCAAGCUUCUAAGUUACACAUGCAAAGUGAUCGGCAAGCUAGCAAAAUCCAACACUCCGGAUUUAGUAGGGGAGUUGAACAAGUCCAAAGCCUUAUUAUUCGUCACAAAGGUUUUAAAUGAUACCCGAAACGGCUGGAAAGAUACACAAACCACAGCACUCUAUGCUUUGGGGUGGCUGUGGAAUGUGUGUUUUAUGGCAGACAUUGUUAGGUCAAAUUCAAUCAAAUAUGUCAUGACUCUUUUGCUGUCGGAGAAUACAUCAGUUUACAAACCUUGUUUGAUCGCAUUGAGUAGGCUAAAGUUGAAUCAGAAACCUGCAUCAAUUAAAUGUGCUUUGCAGGUUAGUGAAAAUAAAGGUUUUGCAAAAAUUAUAUCGCUGCUCCCAAAGUAUCCAGAUCUUGUUGGAACCGUUCUUUCAACUUUAAUGGGAACUCGUGCAUGUGAAGUUUACAAACCUCUCAGCGAAAAUAAAAUGCUCUACACAGUCUUUGAUCAGCUGAAAACUCAACCAAAUAAUUUUAUCCUGCUUCGUACCUUUUGUUUAGCGUGUCUAGAUAGCUCCUUACAAGUCAGUCUAAGGAUAUCCAACUCUCUUCCAUUUUUUCUCUCUCUUUUCAAACAGUUCUCAUAUAAAUCUAAAGAAAUGGAUUUAUUAGUCAGUACUCUUGAAAAAUUUGAAAAGAAUACUGAUUGUUUAAGGGAGAUGGCUGAACAUGGUCUCGUGGACAUUUUGGCUUCCAUUUUACACGACAUUGUACAAAAUGAAAAGUUGGAUGAUAUAGCCCAUGAAAAAACGUAUCAGCCCCCUUCAUGUUGCACACGAUAUUUGUCACUGGAUCACUCUUUCUCAAAAAGCGGGGAAUGCUCAGGAUAUGACGCAGAUAAUUCAUGGCACUCUAUAAACUCCAUCCUAAUAGUAUUAUUGGCUGUCACCCGUCUUGAGAAUUUGAGUCAGAAAAUCAUUGUUGCUUUGACCUCAGAAGAAGUGUGGAACUCAGUUUUGAACUGCAUUUGUUUUGUACCAGACACAAUUAGCAAAAACGCUAUCAACAUAUUGUCUUCAUUGGGAAGUUCUCCCAAACAUUUUAUGAGCAUUUAUAGAAAUAAAUUGGUCUUGAAGAUCGAGAGAACACUCUUACGUGCAGCACAUGAUGAUUGCUAUCAUUGUGCUUACUUGUACCUUGCUGGAAAAUAUAUUCUUCAGAAAAUGUCAAAAGCUGCUGAAUGUGGAAUGGUGUACGGAGAGUUAAUACAUAUACUUGCUCAAGAUGAGCCCCAAGCCAAAAGAGAAUUGGCUAUUAGUGUAGCAUUAGUCAUCAGGAAUGGGCGUUCAUUGUUAAGUUACUUAUCUCAUCACAAAUGUUUGGAUUACAUCAUCGAGGCUCUGGAUGAUCCUGUUCUGUAUGAGGAUGCUAUAGUCAGCAUAUCUUUCAUGUGUAAGAUUCUUGGUUUAAAUGAAAACGUAAAUUUAAAAUUAAACACUCAUCCGCUUUUCGACUCAGAGAAAGAAUGUUUUUCUAGUGAAACAAAAGACACCGUCAUCAGGCAUUCCUACAAUGUAAAUAUUCUCAAGAGUGAAACGGUGAUCCAACUUGAAGAAACCAAAAGUUCUGUUGAUAUGCAAAUCGAGGAAGAAUCUAAUGACGCUAGUUCCUCUUUGUUGUCUUGUUCCAAAAAGUGCGUUACUCCUGUAAGUUAUAUUUCUGAAAACCCAAGUGUAUUUAAAUUCAACGACGGUAAGCGAGUCUCAGCCGAUAAAAACCUUCUUAUCAGCCGGUCUCCAAUGUUUGAAGGAAUGUUUCGCGAGUCCAAUUUCAAAGAAUCUCUGGAUGAGGAGAUUUUGUUGCAAAGUAUUUCAUCUCAGUGUUUUGAGCACUUAGUCAAAUUACUGAAGCAAUUUUGCGUUCACAAUGUACCGAAAGAUAUCAACAUCUUACUGGAGCUUAUCAUUGUUUCUGAUAGGUAUUUAAUCAGCGAUAUGACUGAAAAAUUAUUGCUAUAUUUAAUGCAUGCGAUCACGUUUGAGAAUUCUGGCAUUGCCUACAACUGGGCAAUAGAACAUGCUUUAAUGAUUUUCAAUAACAGUGCAAUUAGUGAUUUUAUUAUUGUUUUUCUUUUGACAACAAAUCAAACUUUUCAACAUACAUUUGAGAAAUUUGUUGAUUUUGAAAGACACAAAAAGGCUUUCCAGUACAUGUUGAGCAGCCAGCAGCGUGUCCAUUUCUUGUCAGAUAUCAAAGAUAUGAUCUUUCAGGUACUCGAAAAAUUAGUUGCAAAGCAAUCUAGGUAUUCUUUCUGACCCUGGGUACCUGAGUCACCAUUUUCUAAAAAUUAACUUCUCUCAGCGCUCUGUAAAGAAUCUCUUUGUCCACAAAUUUUCAAGGAUCCGAUAAAUUUUCCUAGUCACAUGUUAUGUUUACCUAAAAAUUCGCAGCAAAAUGUAAGCGUUAUGUCAACUAAAAAACAAGUAAAUAACGCAAAAUGAUUACGGAUCAUCAAAAAGUCAAACCUACUCAAUUCGAAUGUCAAAUAAAAGUUACACCGAAAAGUAAUUACGUGUCCUUGAGAGUGAAGUGUUGAAUUUUGAGUGGUCCUCAUGCACCUAAAACAGUUUUUUAAAAUAAAUGAUCGGAAAAACUGGCUAAUUUUUGUUUUUGCCAGUCAAAAAAGUAUAAGUUGGAGAUCCUACUCAUCUGAAAUCAUUGAUAUAAUGUGAAGAGUACUUUUUCGUUAAAGAAGGAAAACAUAAUUGAAAUGUUUUCGCAGUUUUUCAUAUCUUUCCGGUUCAAAUAUUGGACAGUAAUAAUUCAGAGGAUUUCUUGUCUGCAAUCGACUGAUUUGCUUAAUUAUUUCGUGUGUAUGUUCUUUCCAAUAAUGAGUCCAAUGUUUUAAUAGGUAGUAAUUUUAAUUUGUUUUAUUUUAAUGUGAUGAAUCGCAAUUAAUGUUUGCAUUUUCUAGUCAACAAUUUCUUUAUGUCCAUUAUUAUUUUAAACAUUUUACAUCAUAAAAAAUAAUUUCAGAAAUUCCCAAGGUCAAUAAUUUUAGAAGCCUUUUCUUUUUUUGAAAAGCCCAGUUUUAUUAUGACAGUAUCUCCUUUUUGUAUUUAUUUUACAAGCAUUUUGUGUUAAUUUUUGUACAUUUAGAAUUUUGAAGGACUUUCAAAUAUUUAAUUGACUAUUUUAUGAAGACAAAUGUUUACAGAAAGAAGUCCCACUACGCAUUGUAUGACUUGCAGAAUAGGUCAGGCAAUUGCUAUGCAAUUAGAACACACAGUGAUAACAAAGCAAAAACGUUCAGAAAACAUAACCUUGUGUUGUAAUCGCAACCUGAUACACAGCAGCCAAUCCCUCUCGUGAUGUUACAAAAUCCGUGGGGCCUUAUUUUUCUUUUCGAAACGGGAUAUCGUUAUUUGUGACUUUGAAAGUCCUUUUCUUAAAUAUAAUUUGAUUUGAAUUUGAAUUGAUGAAAAACAGAAAAAUGCAGGCAUUCUGAUUUUUUACGAACUUUUCAAACAUUAAUUUUAAAAACAUUCGCUACAGCUCCACUUAUUCAGCAGGCUGUACUCAAUCUAACCUUGUCGUCAAACUCUAAUAAGAAAGUAAAGGCCAGGAAACACUAAGAGAAAGAAAAAAAUGUAAGGAAUAAAUGUGAUAAUUUUCACUUGUAUUUGCCACGAAGCAUUUAAACAGAAAGGAGCGAUUUAAUCAAAGGAAAAGAGUCAGGAACAGAUCUAGAAUUAAACCAGCCGCACAUUUUCCCUGGUCAAAAAUUUAGGGUCAAUAGGAAAUAUUUUGAAUGUGAAAAUAGCGAUUUAGUUCAUGUCUUAGAUUGAGUCAUAUGGAGGCCCAAAACUUGGAUCCUCUUUCUCUGGGUUCAAUAUUGAUGAGAUUUGGUUUCUUUUUUUUUUCCUUUUGGUUAAUUUUCUUUAUGCUUCUUAAUUUAAUAUGCCAUUGCUGGGUCCUAUGCUCUGUUACAGAAUGCUUUAAUUUUUGCGUUUUCUCAAAGAAUUUUAUUUGUUCAACGAUGAGCAUAUCCUCUUGCGUAGUUAGUGCCAAAAACAUCUCUUGAUUUUUACAAACCGAACUCGGUAAUCAAUUUUUAUGCUAUGUUCAUUUCAAGAUCAUCAAAGUUACAACUUUUUGUUUCUCCUUAAUGACUGUUUUUCCUGUGCACUGGCCAAAAUUUUAACAGGUCAACUAUUCCACCCCCUGAAUGAUGAAAAAAUUAUGCAUUUUAUCAUGAUUCUCUUAUUUCAUGAUCAGUUCACCCCAUGAAGAAUUUGUGCGCAAACAAGUGCGUAAUUUGUGCGUACCUACUUUUGUGAAAUGCUGAGAAUACUUUUCCAUGCUAGAUCAUGUUUAAUAUCUGAUCUCUGAGAAUAAACAUUUAAGACGCUCCUUGAAGCUCCUUUGACUCAAACUUUCAUCAAAAGUUUAUGAAGCACAGGAAUUCAAAUAGACAUGAGAACCUCUCAGGUCAGUUUCAAGGUAAUUUUUAAACUCCGAUUGCAAUCUACUGCAAUAAGAUUAACUAACAAUGUUUAACUAAGGUUAGGAAGCUCUUGACGUAACUUUUUCAUUCCUUCAUCUGUGUCUGUUAAUCACUGCCAUGGCAUUUUAAUUCUGUUCUUGUGUCCAGUAAGGUUACAAGCAGGUUGGUCCAAAAAAAAUGUUAUCAACCUAAUGUUUUCCAUAACCCUGGACGAAUUUUUUGAGACUUAAUGGACCCAUCAUCAAUUCUCUCCCUGAUUUGCAGAAAAGAAGACUGUUUUCCGGAAAAUAAAAAAAUAAAAUAAAAAUUUAGUUGUUUAAGUAAUUAAACAGGCUGUUCUACUAAUACACGUAUUGUGUAGUUAUGCUAUUAUAAAAAAUGACACUAAUUUCCUCUUUUUUGUGAUCUAAGACCUAAGCAUUAUAAAGAGUAACUGCACUGGUAUUAUGAACUUGUGCGAGUAUACUUAUAGGCAAUGUAGAAGAAGUCCCUGUCCUUUUUUUAAAUUUAAUUUUCUUAAAUUUGUAUAUUACUGUAAUUAGUAAACCUCCUGUAAUUAGCAAAAAAGAUUGUUAAAAGCUUGUAAAAAUAAAUUGUUACAAACCAAAA